CCCUGUGACGUCACUUCUCCAGCUUCAGCACCAAGGACAGCAGCCUCUCCCCUGCGCUCCAUCCUUCGGCCGCUCUAUUCUCCCUGGGCCGCUCUCCUCACAAGAGGGGGACAGGCAGCCUGGAGGCCAGCGAGAGGAGGCGGGGAGGGGACCUGGGUGGAAGGGGAAAGCUGCAGCCCUGCUGGUGGUGGCGGAGGAGGAGUGGAGGGAUCAUUUGGGGAGGGGGGCCAGAAUCCUGUGCUGUGGAUGGAACCGAGCUUUAUCCAGUCGGCCAUGGCUCUGGGACUGCCAUCUAAGAAGGCCUCCUCCAGGAACAUUGCUGUGGAGAGAAAGAACCUACUGACUGUGUGCAGGUUCUCUGUGAAGACCCUGCUGGAGAAAUACACAGCGGAGCCCAUUGAUGAUUCGUCGGAGGAGUUUGUGAACUUUGCUGCUAUUUUGGAGCACAUCCUAAGCCAUCGCUUCAAAGGUCAUGUCAGCUGGUUUAGCACAGAUGGCCAGAGAGGAUUCUGGGAUUAUAUUCGCAUUGCCUGCAGCAAAGUCACAAACAACUGCAUUAGCAGCAUUGAAAAUAUGGAGAACAUUAGCAGUGCCAGGGCAAAGGGCCGGGCCUGGAUACGUCUUGCUCUUAUGGAGAAGCGGCUUUCAGAGUACAUAGUGACAGCUUUAAGGGACACCAGGACCACCAGACGCUUCUAUGAUGAUGGAGCCAUCUUGCUAAGAGAGGAAUCCUCUGUACUCACAGGAAUGCUUAUAGGUCUAAGUGCCAUUGACUUUAGUUUUUGCCUGAAAGGGGAAGGCAUCGAUGGAAAGACCCCGGCAGUGAUAGAUUAUACCCCUUACUUGAAGUUUACACAAAGUUAUGAUUACCUGAGUGAGGAAGACGACAGGGAGAGUGUGGGUGGCAGUAGCAGUGAGGACAGUUCCCCAGAACACCCCUAUUUGCCUUUGCUCACUGACGAGGAGAGCUGGUACAGCAAGUGGCGCAAGAUGGAGCAGAAAUUCCGUAUCGUCUAUGCACAAAAGGGUUACCUGGAGGAACUGGUCCGUCUGCGGGAAACUCAGCUGAAAAACCUGGAAGCUGAAAACAAGCGCCUGACCCAGAGGAUCAGUGAGCAGGCGGAGCAGAGUUUGCAGGAAAAGCAUCAGCUUGAGGGAGUCAUUCUGGAGCUACAAGAACAGCUCACUGGCCUUCUCCCUUCUGAAACUGCCCCAAUCAAACAGUUCACCCCGAGCCUUGGGGCCCCUCUCGUAAACCAGUGGCCCUCGCUGAGCACUCUUAAUGAUAAUGAGGCACCUGUUAACCCAUCGCUGUACAGGAGGCACAGCUUCUUGAGCACGGAACACCUCUCUGCCGAGCUUAGCCUGAGCUCGGAAUCCCAGAGGUUGGAUGGAAAACAAGACGGGGAGCCCUGGGGGCCUAUUGGAAAGGACCCAACACCCUCCAUGUUGGGCCUUUGUGGUUCUUUGGCCUCUAUUCCCAGCUGUAAAUCUCUGCCAAGUCUAAAAUCCAACGAAUGCCUUGUUAGCAACAGCAGCGAGACCAGCCCAACUGGGAGCCCAAGCUGAGUUUAUUAGCCCAUUACACCUUUUUUGCCUCAACUGAAGGAGCCCAGCUUUCCUAACCCUCAAUAAAAUUGGAAUUGGGCUCUAACAAGGAAAUCCAAAAUCAAUGCAUCGCCUACAAGACAUGGAGAAGUUCACCCAGCACAACCACAAUCCAUUACAUGCCAACAAGGGUAGAAGGACUUUAGAUCCCAGAAUCCCACAUGAUUCUCUGUUAGAAGUGUUGCUAAGAGCCUCAGCUGAAACCAUUACACACUGCACACAAAAUUCAUUAAAGGAGGACCAGAACCACUGAAAGACCAUUGAGUGUGGCCUAGUAACUAUGGAAUGAAAUCUUUCACUCAAGGCGUUGGUUUUCUCUGCUGACCAUGAUCAGCCUACAGUACAAAGUUCCAAUGAAGUUCUCCCACCAAAUCAGCACAUCUGUCAAGGUUGUGCCCUUGGCAAGCGCACACAUAAGGUAAAAUUAAAAGGUUCCAGUGAUCUAGAUCCAAGAUCUAGAACUUGCAAUGCUCAUCUCUAGUCUCUAUCACAUAACAUGGCAUUGACCUUUAGUUCAGAUCUCCAUUCAAUAUCUCUUUGGACAGUGACCCUCAUUAUCAUUAAUCCUGCUGGUGGGACCUUGGACCACCCCAGUAUGAAACCAUAAUGUGUUGUGUAUCUUAUUGUCACUGGAAUAAACUCUGGUUGUCAUGAAAA